UGCAGCACCAACUCAAAACAAGGCUCUCUCAAGUGCUGGAAGAGGAGCAGUGAACUGCAUCAGGAGCUGGAUCUGCGCUGAAUUGGAGUGCUGAGUCCUGCAAACAUGAUUGCCACCACACAGCAGAACAUGACAACGGAGCUGCAGGACCUCGGAAGCACGGGAGGACCUCCUCGCAACUGGAAGGGAAUUGGGAUAGCCAUGGUGGUCAUCCUGGGGGUCAUGUCUCUGGUCUCCCUCUCAAUUUUUCUGCUCACACCUGAUGAGUCUCACCUCCUGCUGCUGUCUCGUCUCACUCUAGAGAACUUGGAGAGCGAAGAUUUCCGAGUUCAUGACCCAUGUGCGACAUGGCUAAAUGAGAACGAGGUGUCACUUUGCACACGGGAGGGUCAUGUUUUAAUCCACAAUCUCAGCACCAAUCUAACUACCACGCUACUAGACAACAGCACUCUGGAUCUAAAGUCCAUGAGGUUCCAGGUUUCAGCUGAUAAGAAGUUCAUCCUGAUGGCUUAUAAUAUCCACCAUGUAUUCUCACAGUCCUUCACAGCAUCCUAUGCAAUCUACACAGUGGCCAGUGGGGAGAUUACAGACCUCACCCCAUCCGAGGAGGAUAUAUCUGUACUUCAGUAUGCAGCAUGGGGACCUCAAGGGAACCAGAUGGUCUAUGUCUUUGAGAAUGACAUCUACUACAAGCCAGAUGUUUCCAGCAAAGCCAUGCGUCUGACAGCCACGGGCAGGAACGGAAUGGUUGUUAAUGGGCUGUCUGAUUGGACCUAUGAGGAGGAGAUACUGCUGAAAUAUCCUGCAUUUUGGUGGGCCAAAGACGGCGCACGCCUGGCAUAUCUGUCUAUUAACAACUCAGCAACUCCUUUUAUGGAGAUACAUCACUUCCUGGGUGGGAUCUACCCUUCUAAUGUUCUCUACCCGUAUCCGAAGGCGGGUUCCAGAAUCCCAUCAGCCAGUCUGUUUGUGGUGAAUUUAUAUGGCCCAGCACACACAUUAGAGAUGAUUCCUCCAGACUCCCAGAACAGCAGAGAUAGCUACAUCUCUAUGGUGAGCUGGAUAAGCAGCACUCGUCUGACUGUGCGCUGGUUAAACCGCGUCCAGAACCAGUCUGUGCUGUGUGUGUGUGAGGCCACGACCGGAGCCUGCUCAGAGAGGCACCAAAUGGCGAUGGACUUCUGGCACAACAACCAGCGGCAGGAGGAGCCGUUGUUCACGGCAGAUGGUUCUCUGUUUUACCUCAUCCUGCCGGCCAAGCAAGGGGCCCGUGGGGAGUUUCUCCACAUCGCCAGCCUCCCUGCUCAGACUUCCACUCCUUCCAUUUCUCCUCGCUUUCUAACAUCAGGGAACUGGGAUGUAACCUCACUGUGCGCCCUUGACGAGGAAAACGAUAAAAUCUAUUUUCUGAGUACGGAGGAGUCGCGACAGAGCAGACACUUAUACAGCGUGGAGCUCGGAGGAGUGUUUCAUCGCCAGUGUCUGACAUGCAACCUGUUUGAGCGAUGCAGCAUCUUCAAAGCAGACUUCAGCCCCAAUCAGACAUACUUUACUCUCUAUUGCUUGGGCCCAGGUGUCCCAAAGGUGACCAUUCACAGCACAAGUGACCCUUCCAGAUACACAGUGGUGGAAGACAACAGCCUCCUCGCUAUGUCUCUUGAAACCAAGAGGCUCUCUGAGACAGUUUUCCAGACGCUUUCCUCUGACAACAGUGACCUAGAUCUAAAGAUGUCCCUGCCUCCUGGGUACGGAGGAAACCUGCAUCCUCUCCUUAUUAUCAUUGACAGUAUUCCCGGGAGGCAGUCGGUAACGGAGGAGUUUGCCCUGGGCUGGCCAGAGGUUUUAUCCAGCCUGCAUGGAGUGGCGCUGGCUUGGAUCGACAGCAGAAGCUGGGUCUCACAGGGACAGAAAGGCAGCAUCCUGGACCCUCGCAAGCUCAGUUCCCUCCGCAUUAAAGAUAAGCUUGGAGUCGUGGAAUGGUUAAUGCAGUUGCCAUACAUUGAUGGGAGAAGAGUUGCUGUUUAUGGAAAGGGACUUGGUGGCUAUUUAGGUUUGAAGAUGCUGACAGCAACCAAUCAGAUGUUCAAAUGUGCUGCUGUCAUGGCUCCCAUCACAGACUUCAAGCUCUAUAGUGCUGCCUUCUCAGAAAGAUAUCUGGGCCUUCCAAAUAAAGAGGAUCAUUCAUACAUGGCUGCAUCUUUGUUGGACGACAUUCACAAGCUAAAGAAUGAAAACUUCCUCCUCAUACACGGGACUGCAGAUGCACGGGUACAUUUCCAACACAGCGCUGAGUUGUUGAGUCGUCUGGUGAAGGUAGAGGCCAACUACAGCCUUCAGCUUUACCCAGACGAAGGCCAUACUUUAAGAGAAGAGCGGAGCAUCCAACACCUCCACCGCACACUCCUUCACUACCUCCACAACUGCCUCGAAUACGACCCCUUCCGCAGCAUAGAGGAGGAAGAGGAGGAGGAUGAAGAGGAAGAGUGAUCUCUUCCACUGUGUCCGCUCUCGGUCCUCAGAGGUGCCCAGUACUGGUGGAUGCAUUAAUUCUCCUAAGGAAAAUUAGCAAAAUGGAGAUCAAGAGGACCGAAUUCACCAGCUAUUUACCAUAAACUCAAUUUUGGAAAGUUUUUUUUUUUUUUUUUCCCAGACUGCAAUCGUAAACGUUUCCCGAGCGUCCAGGAAGAUCCAACAGAACUGCUUUGGUUCAUACACUUUUCAAGUAAAUCAUACAGGGAAUAAUGACUAAGGGCCCCAUGCAAUCAACAUAUUUAGGCAGUUUAUGUGUACAAUGGGCAAAAGAUGAUCAACCUUUAUGUUGCAGCGCCACACUGAGGUCAAAGAUGGAUAUUUCAAGACAUGGUUUGCGGAUUGUGAAAGUUGAAAAUACUAGUGGUUUUCCUGAUUCAGUGUUAUCGUUUACUAUUUUUAAAUAGAAAAUCAAAUGACCAAAAGAUACACGGACCCUAUACUAUAACAAUUCACUGUUAAUUGAAAUAAAUCUGCAAUCAAAUAUAAAUAUUAGAUUAUUAAUCUUGAGUGAAAAUGAGAAAUGUUGCCUUGCAAAUUAAUGUAAAUAAAAUAGUUUUAAAAUGACUAAAACUAAAAUAAAAAUAAAUUAAAGCUAAAUAGAAAUGUCAAAAUGAUGAAAGCACAUAAAAUGACUAAAAAUAAACUACUAUUUAACUAAAAUUAAAAUAACAUAUAAAAAUUAAAAGUUAUAAAUACUAGAAUUUGUAUAUAAACAGUACUAAAAACCUCAUGCUAUGAAUCUCAUGCUGAUAUCUAGAAAGGUGGACAAUAUGAUGCAGGAGAGAUAUGAUCCACAAAUGAGAUUGCUGGCAGGAAAUUCUUAACAAAACAAUUGGAAAUCGAAAUUGUUUUUCAGACAUUGACACCAAACUAAACUUGCACAUCUGUCAGUCAGCCAAACUGACAUUGUUGUUGGAUGAUAAUCUCAAAAAUGUCCUGAGAUCUGAUCUAUCACUAGCCUGUUUUGAUUGAAUGAACUGCAAAAUGUAAUUUGAACCUGGCUCUUUAUAUGCAUGACACACCGGCUGCAUGGUGCUGUAUAUUCAUAAUCUCUGUGCCGAACGCAAAAGAAAUUAAUGAAAAAAUACUUCACUGUGUGAAAGACAACAAGUUUUGAGCAUCUCCAUAUCAUUGUGGUAUAAGUACACAGUAAACUGUCCUUACUGUAAGACUACAAAAUCAAUGACUCGCACUGCAUGCUGCCGUUUACAGAAGCCUCAUAAGGUCUCCAGCAUACAGCAUAUCUUUUCAUAAACAUCGAGCCCUGCUUUGUGCAGUUGCCAUUGUCAUGCAUAUGCAGAUUUCAUGUUCACAGAUCAAAUGUGCCAAAUACUACGUGACCAAACCUUGCAGUACUGACUUGUGUUACAAUUUUGAAUGUGGCAGUUUGUGCAUUUAGUAUUUUUAAAUGUUUCUUUAAGAUUCUUUAUGCAGGAUUACCUUAAUUUAUAUUUUUGACAAAAGAAGUCUGUAACAAUAUUUAAAUUUAGUUAAUCAGUUGUUAAGAUCACUUUUAUAUACAAUGUCAGAAAAAAAAACAAAAAAAACAUGCAUACUUAAUUUUAUAGUAAAUGUUUUGUUUUAUUUAUUUAUUUAUUAUUAAUACUUUUAUUUAGCAUGGUACAUAAAAGACAGUAAAGACAUUAUAAUGUUACAAGCUCUUAUUAACUUUCUGUUAAUCAAAGAAUCCUAAAACAUGUAAUUCCACAAAAUAUUAAGCAGGACAACAUUAAUAAGAAGAAGAAAUAGUAAGAAUAUUAAUACGUGUUACCAAUUUGUUUUAUAAUUUAUAAUAAAAAAUAAUAUUUCUUGGUAUUAGAAUGAUUUCUUAGGCGUCGUGUGACACUGAAGCGGUUGAAAAUUAACUUUGCCAUCACAGGAAUAAAUUAUAUUUAAAAAUAUAUUAAAAUAGAAAACAGCUAUUUUACAAGUGAAAAAUAUUUCACGAUAUGGCUGCAUGUUUGACCAAAUAAAUGCAGCCUUGUUGAAAAUAUAAAUCUUACUGACCCCACAAUUUUGAACAGUAGUGUUCUUCAGUAAAUGCAGGUUUUAUCCAGAAGUUCACCAGCUCAUGCCAUAGUAACAUAUUUUUAAAACGGCAUAAAACUUUAGAAGACUAUGCUUGAGGAAACAAAUCAGGCAAAAUGCUAAUAAAAUGUAUUAUAAGUAGGCCAGUUUAAAGUUUCUAGUCAUAGAACACAAGAUUUUUCCCACCUGCCUUCAACUUUCUCAUGUACCAGAUCAAUAUUUUAUUGACUUUAUUUUUGUGACCUUCAUGUAUUGUUGAAAUGUGUAUGUAGAAACCUUGUAAGUUUUGUGUGUUGACAUUGUGAUGCAACUAAGCAAGUUACAUAUCCCAGAAUGUUCUGUUGUGCCGUAGGUCCAAGAAAAUCCUUCUUGCCAGAGCCACGACAAUGUAACAGGCAGCAUGAAGUCUGAAAUGAACGUCCUUGAACUUCUGUAUCUGUAUAUUUGUAUUUAAUGAGCCUUUUCCAAUAAAGUCUGAAAUCUUUGUGUA